AUGGAUUGGUGUGUUUGUGCCUUGACUCAGCCUCUAGGCCGCCGGAGCGCGAGGAAUGGGACGGUGGAAGACAGUGAGCAGUGUUCCUGUGAAGCCCUCUUGCCUGGCACUACGUUUCCAAUGGAACAACUGGUUAUGGUAGAGUCAUCGACCAUGGAGAUGAAGCACAAGCUUGAGCUGGAGAUAAACAAGAUUAUCACAUAUGAAAGCAAGAUGGCAAUCUAUUUGGAGAAGAUUGUCAAUCUGACAUUGCAAGUUGAGCUGAUGGAGAAAGAUCCAGACUCCUACAAUGAGCUUCACAUGCAGGAGGUGAAGACUAAGAUAAAACAGGUGGAGGUUCUUAUCACAGAGCUGCAAGGAUCUAUCCAAGUCUCAGCCUCAUCAUUAAAGAUCAUUAGCCAAGAGAUUUCCUCCAUGAUUACUGUGUUGAGUCACCUGGAGAGCUUUGACACAAACCGUGUGCUGGUGACCCGGCGUGAGUACAUCGAGCUCCAGCUAAACCUGGAAGCAUGCGAGAGGAGAUACAAUGAAAUCUUCAAUCCCAACAUUGGAUCCUGCAAACAUGGAGGCAUCUCCAGAAUCAGCAAGCCCAUCAUCAGCCAGCUGAAUGCUUAUUUGAGCACCGCUUACAUUUAUGGGGGUUGGGGAAAGGAUUCUAACCCCCUGCCAGGAUUUCAAUCAAUGUAUUGGCUUUCAGCGAAUACAGACACCACAGUGAGAUACAUUGAACUGUAUACUGACUACCACAGACUAAUAUUAAGAAGUGCAUUUAAAUCGUACAGUAGUUUUUAUGGGACUGGCAAUAAUGACAUUGUGCAUGGAAACUACUUUUAUUACCAGUGCCAUAACACAGCCAGCAUGUGCAGAAUGAAUUUAACCACUAUGACCUAUGAGUCCAAAGUGCUUCCUCAGGCCAGCCUCCGAUUCUCAUACAGCUACUCUCCAAACCAGAACUUUGACUUUGCAGCUGAUGAGAAUGGACUGUGGGUGAUAUACAGCACAGAGAACUCCGAAGGCAUGAUGCUCAUUGCCAAAAUAGAUGUAGCCACCUUUGGGGUGGAACAGGUGUGGGAGACCAGUUUGUUCAGACCCUCUGUGGGCAAUGCCUUCAUGGUGUGUGGGGUUCUGUAUGCUACUCGUCCAAUGAACAUUCGCACAGAGGAGAUCUUCUACUCCUUUGACACCAACACAGGCAAGGAGAGCUACAUCAGCAUUCCCUUUGAGAAGUUCCAAGAGAAUUACAUGUACCUGGACUAUAACCCUGCUGAUCAGAAGCUAUAUAUGUACAACAAUGGUUAUUAUGUGUCCUAUCAUGUGUGGUUUAAUCAUACAACUGUUAAUACACCACAACUCCUGAUCUGA